ACAACAGAGCGAUCUCUUGUAGGAGCUGUUGUCGUUCGAAACGGGGCUGCUGGGUGGGACCGAAGAAAGGGGAAAAGAAGUGCCUCUCUCAGCGUAUGAGGAAUUCACGGCACAGCAGCUGGGCGAGUCAUAAGUCAGGUUCACUGAUCUUAAAACGCACCACGUCUGGUGUUUCCCACGGUCUCCAGAACAAGUGUCACUGGCAACAGACGGUCCUGUUGCAUCUUUUUCUCCCUCGUGACCCCCACCCCUUCGCCAAAAUCCGGCUGCUAGAUGUGACGUCGAGGUUGAUCAGGAGAAGCCACCAUGUCCUAAACGUCGACGGGCCCUCUGGAGCCCUGCCCCCCCACCCCAUCCCUCCCUCACCCAGCCCCUCUCCCAUCCACCACCUCACCCCGUCCCCCAGCCCCAGCCCCCCCCCGCUCCCCGACCUCUCCACCCACGUGCGAGACAGGCUGCCCAGUGCUGGCUCCCCACCGGCGCGCCUCUCUCCUCCUCCUGGGGAGAUGAGCGCACAGAAGCAGCAGCAGCUGGGCGCUGGAAACGUCGGGGUCAUGGAUUCUGACCGCGACCUGCAGUCUGCCACUUCUUCCAUCUCCCUGCCGUCAGUGAAGAAGGCCCCGAAGAAGAGGCGGCUCUCUCUGGCUUCUCUCUUCCGAAGACGAGGACGGGACACUAAACCAGGCCGCCAGCGGUCCAGGGACCUCCAGCACCCCGGGUCGGGGGGCGUUGGGGGAGUGGACGGCAUCGCCACCAUCGAGAGCAUCCACUCUGAAAUGUGCAAUGACAAGAACUCGGCCUUUUUCUCCGCGGCGGGGACGGGAGCCGCCUUCGCCGCUGCCGCCUCGUUGUCCUCCGCCUCAGGGCCUUCUUAUGCUGCUACCAGCUCCUCAGCUAAGGCGGGGGAAGCAGCAGGGGUGGAGCUACUGGAGUGCCCACUGUGCCUUCUACGCCUCUCCAGGGAGAGCUUCCCCGACAUCAUGACGUGCCACCACCGCUCCUGCAGCGACUGCCUGCGCCAGUAUCUGCGCAUCGAGAUCUCAGAGUCGCGCAUCAACAUCAGCUGCCCCGAGUGCGCCGAGCGCUUCAACCCGCACGACAUCCGCAUAAUUCUGGGGGACCGAGUGCUGAUGGAGAAAUAUGAGGAGUUCAUGCUGAGGAGGUGGCUGGUCGCAGAUCCGGACUGCCGCUGGUGUCCCGCGCCAGACUGUGGAUAUGCAGUAAUAGCCUUCGGCUGUGCCAGCUGUCCGAAGAUCACGUGCGGCAGGGAGGGCUGCGGCACGGAGUUCUGCUACCACUGCAAGCAGCGGUGGCACCCCAACCAGACGUGCGACGCGGCGCGCCAGCAGAGAGCCCAGAGUCUCCGCUUGAGGACCGUGCGCUCGUCCUCCCUCAGCUACAGUCAGGAGAGCGGCGCCGCAGCCGACGACAUUAAGCCAUGUCCUUGCUGCGCCGCUUACAUCGUCAAAAUGAAUGACGGGAGCUGUAACCACAUGACCUGUGCUGUCUGUGGCUGUGAGUUCUGCUGGCUCUGCAUGAAGGAGAUUUCAGACUUGCACUACUUGAGUCCAUCAGGCUGUACGUUCUGGGGGAAGAAGCCUUGGAGCAGGAAGAAGAAGAUCCUUUGGCAGCUGGGAACACUAGUGGGCGCUCCUGUGGGAAUCGCACUGAUUGCUGGGAUAGCCAUCCCCGCCAUGAUCAUUGGCAUACCUGUAUACGUGGGCAGGAAGAUCCAUAACCGCUAUGAAGGCAAGGAUAUUUCCAACCAUGAGAGGAACCUGGUGAUCGCUGGUGGAGUGACGCUGUCUGCCAUCGUGUCUCCUGUGGUGGCUGCAGUCACCGUCGGCAUCGGCGUCCCCAUCAUGCUGGCCUACGUCUACGGCGUGGUGCCCAUCUCUCUGUGCCGCAGUGGAGGCUGCGGCGUGUCAGCCGGGAACGGAAAGGGAGUUCGGAUCGAGUUCGACGACGAGAACGACAUGAACGCUGGCAGCGGAAUGGCUGCCACCGAUACGACAUCGGUAGCCGACACCAGGAACAACCCCAGUAUCAGUGAAGGCAGCGUUGGGGGGCUGACGGGCAGCCUGAGCGCCAGCGGCAGCCACAUGGACCGCCUCGGCGCCGCCAGGGACAACCUGAGCGAGACGGCCUCCACCAUGGCGCUGGCUGGAGCCAGCAUCACCGGCAGCCUGUCCGGCAGCGCCAUGGUCAACUACCUGCACAGGAUGGAGGUCCAGGCCGACGUGCAGAAGGAGCGCUGCAGCCUGAGUGGGGAGUCCGCCACCGUCAGCCUGGGCACCAUCAGCGACAACGCCAGCACCAAAGCAAUGGCCGGCUCCAUUCUCAACGCCUACAUGCCUCUGGACAGAGAGGGAAACAGUAUGGAGGUCCAGGUGGACAUCGAGUCCAAACCCGUCAAGCGACGGCACCACAGUGGCGGCAGCAGCGCCGACGACGGCGGCAGCGGCUGCAGCAACGCCGCCGGCCGCUGCGGCUGGAGCAACCCCACGGCCGGGUGCAGCUCCUCCGAAGGCAGAGGGACGGCUGCCAAGUGGGCCAAAGAGGCGUCGGCCUCCUCCUUCAGCGCCGGCGGCAAAAAGAGCAAAGGCAAGCUGCGUAAGAAGGGCGGCGGCACCAAGAUCAACGAAACGCGGGAGGACAUGGACGCUCAGCUGCUGGAGCAGCGCAGCACCAACUCCUCGGAGUUCGACUCGCCGUCGCUGAGCGGCAGUCUGCCCUCGGUGGCCGACUCCCACUGCAGCCACAUGUCCGAGUUCAGCUGCUCCGACCUGGAGAGCAUGAAGACGUCGUGCAGCCACGGCUCCGCCGGCGGCGACUACCACCUGCGCUUGGCCACCGUCAGCCCCCUCCCCGAGGUGGAGAACGACCGGCUGGAGACGUGUCCUUCUCACUGCUCGCCCCAGUCCCCCACCUCCACCUGCACCACCUCCUCCCUGGGAAACGGCACAGACCUGUCGGCACUCUGCUUCGUCACGGACGAGAACAUCAACAUCAUGUGUGCCGGCGAGCUGGACUGCAACAGCGGAGAGCUCCUGAAGGAGCACAACAACAACCACCACCCGCCGCAGGAAGCGGCCCCCCCCGACCAGUAGGCCAGAAACACCUGCUUACACACUGAUAUUUAAUAAACUCCAUACCUGAAGUGCUGCACUCACUUUAUAGACCUCCUCCUUUUCUUCUUUAAGCUAACAGCAGCUGCUCUACAGUUUUGGUUAUUCCCUAGUUAAGAGAUGUCUUGUUAGGAUGGAGGUUUUCCAUGGGAAGCAGCUUUUGAGUAAAAGUGUUACUAGCAGCCACCUGAAAGUGUUAAAGUUCCUCCUGAGGCCGUUUCUCUGUUUCGGAUCUUUCCUUAUUUGUCACGUUUCACAUAAAGCUGCUCGCUGAUUGGCUGUUGCAUUGAUCUGUAGGUCAAAAUAAAGUUUUUCAUUUCAUCAUAGAACAUUAAAUAGAUCUGAUUUCCUGAUACAAACUGAGCGAGGGACCAGGCAAUAUGACUUCUUAGUUUGUUUUCUUCCCCCGUAAAUGUAAAAGUAACUGUUUUGAAGAUAUAUAUAUAUAUAUAUAUAUAUAUAUAUAUAUAUAUAUAUAUAUAUAUAUAUAUAUAUAUAUAUAUAUAUAUAUAUAUAUAUAUAUAUAUAUAUAUGUAUGUAUCUCCACACUGAACUGUUCCAGCUCUGAAAAUCGACCUUCACAAUGCUAAGAUCUACUGAGGGAGAUGGCGUUCCACUGCUCUUUGUUCUGUACCUCGAAUCUCUCAAGUGUCUUUUAGUGCCAAGAUGACUUUGAAAACUUGGGCAGAAUUUAGCUGUGGGAAAGGUUGGAACCGAUUUGAUUAAUUUUAAAAAAAAAAAGGUCUCUGGAAGGCCGAAGCUGUAGAUUUUGCUUAACCCUCCCGUAGUUUAAAUCGGCGCUCAGGUAGAGUGUGGCAGAUGUCACUGUCGGGUCAACUGGGAAGCCAUUGGGGCAGCCGGUAAAUGUACAUUGAAGGAGGAAAUAAAAUUCUGGUGCGCACGAGAACGUUUGUUUUUUUCCUUCAAAGUCCAUUUACAGGCCCAGUACUUCCCAAAACUACAAAUAACUUGGUUAAAGUCCAUGUAAGGUCAGUGCGACCCUGCCUGGACAGUGAACAGCGGUUUCCACUCGCCCCGUCUUAGGACUGCGCGAGGGUUAGAGUUAGAAUUGUAACAUUACUCAGCGGGUCGGUCAGCUGACUGAAAUUGUACAAAGAAGUGAAUUGUUUACUGUUUGAGCUGAUUUCUGCUGGACGAUGCUUCGGCCUCUCUGAGAGCUUUGAUAUCUUAACUCGUGGUGCCUUCAGGAAGCUGCUCAUGUUCCUCUCCGUCGUCUUCUAGAGUCCAAACAGGAGCGAGGAGAACAUCGUACUGACAGCGGAGUGUGUGUGUUUGCUAGAGGUGCGCUCGUUCACACUGCGGCGGAGUUUUAACUGAAGACUUUUCAACAGCCUACCAAAGACAGCACUCAGGCUCUUGUUAGUUCUUUGACUCUUCAGCUGCAGACAGUAACACGCGACCUUUUUUUUUUUUAAACACCGUGGGGAUGAAUGAAGACAUGACCCAGGGUCUCUCCCCCACACACACACAUACACACAUUACUGUUUUUUACAUGUUCCACUAAUACUACGCAAAUAAGUAAAGCUCCAGGCACCUGCACUGUUUCCUGUUCUGCUGACGCAGAGGUUGAUGGGAAUGUGAGUUUGUCUUGUGAAUCGGGUUCGUGUUGCCAAAACGGUGCUGCUGAGCAGACUUGAAGUCAGUUUUUGUUUUUUUUCUUUCUCCCAAACUGUUCUGUGGUCUGCACUGAGGCCGCUGAGCUGGCUCUGGUGAACCUCUACUAGCAGUGUGGUUUUGACCCAGGUCUGUUCUGGUUUGGUUCCGUGGAUAAAAGCCUCACGGCUUUAUCUCCAUUCAUCACAGCUAAGAUUUUUCUGCUCAUUCUUCCUCUUUUUCUUGGUUUUAACCAAAAGUAAUCUAAUGUUUUGGCUGUAAUUUGCACACCAGUGCCAGAUAAAAUUGGUCGUUUGUGCAGAACGGGAUAAGGUGUUUGUAUAUUUGUUUGGUAAUUUGCUUUACUAUAUGCGCGUAAAUGCAUAUCUGCAAAAAAUAAAUAAAAAAAAUGUAUAUCAAA